AUGGCCAAGAAUCUACAUGAUCCUCCUUUCCUUUUCCCUUCUUUUUAUGUUUCUGGAAAUUAUUAUGUGAUAACUGAUGCAACUCCAUGUAAUUGGUCAAUGCUCCCAAUAUCAAUCCAGUGCAUCAGAAAUCACCCAAAUCUUUCAUGGGAAGGUAAGAAUAACAACUAUCAGAAGCCUUAUGAUCCGCAGACCGGUGGUUCUAUGGAAGAAACGGUAGAGCAAUGGAUGGCUCAACAACAGCAGAUGAUGAAUGAGAUGCAAAAAUCCAUCCAUGAGCUAGAACGUUUGGUGGGCCAGAUGGCGGUUUUUCAAACUACAGCUCGAGGAAGUUCCACUAAGAACAACAAGGAAAAUGUUGAACUAAUCCCUGCUAAGAGGACAGAGAUCGAACAGAAGAGUGUUGAGAAUGUUGUAGAGCAGCCAGAGGUGGUGGUGGUUCCAUCCGCACAAAGACUCCAAAAGCAGAAAUUAGAUUCAGCUUAUUUCAAAAUUGUUGCACUCACUAAAGAGUCCAACUCCAGAGUGAGGAGUAAAAUUCCUCUAAAGUUGAAGGAUCUGGGCAGUUGCACAAUUUCCAUCACUAUUGGGAACGUUGAGCUUGUAGAUAGAUCUUUGGCAUAUCCUGAUGGUAUAAUUGAAGAUGUUCUUAUGAAAGUGGGGUCCUUCAUUCUUCCAGUUGAUUUCGUUAUUCUUGAUUAUGAAGCUGACAAGAAAGUGCUUCUCAUUCUUGGGAGGAGAUUUUUAGCUACAGUUGAUGCUAUUAUUCGAGUUAGAAAAGGUAACAUGUCCAUGAUAGUGGAUGGGCAAGAGGCCACUUUUGACGUGUUCAAAGCUACUAAAUUGCCUGCCCAUUAUGAGGACUUGAAAACGAUAACUAUUGCGGAGACUAAGUUGACAAGUGCAGAACUUGAUUAUUUCUUGUCCUUCAAAGAUACCUUGCAAAGGGCAUUGGUCUAUAAUAAGGAGCUAGAGGGCAAUGAAGAAGUUAAAGAGUGUCUUUUCAUCCUUGACACAACUUGUGCAUAA